UCAAGAGAGGGAGACUCAGCAAGUGUAGAAAUCUCUGGAGGUCACCCUGACUGUGCCUUUAAGAGGCAGAGUCUGAACCAGCCAGCUGAGUCAGCUGCAGGGAGGAAGGGCUGUUUAAUUCAGCCCAUAGUUGUUGCUGGGUCGCUGGGAAGAGGGACAGAACUGGAAACAUGUGGCUGUACGUGAUCCUGCUCCUUGUCUUGCUUCUCCUGGCAUUCUGGAGUUUCUUCAGCAGCAAAUCCCCAAACCCCUUCUCUGUGGAUGUCAGGAGACCACCAGCUCCUCCGGUGACCGACAAGGACAUUCGGAAGAAGGUGCUCAAGCAAGCCUUCUCUGCAGACAAGGUGCCUCAAAACCUCGACGCUAUUGUGAUCGGAAGUGGCUUUGGGGGCUUGGCUGCUGCCGUGGUCCUCUCUAAAGCUGGGAAGCGAGUGCUGGUACUGGAGCAGCACAGCAGGGCGGGUGGCUGCUGCCACACCUUUAGCAAGAAGGGCUUCGAGUUUGACACAGGUAUCCAUUACAUUGGGAGGAUGCAAACAAACUCCCCAGUGCGCAUCCUGCUAGACCAGCUCACCGAGGGACAGCUGCAGUGGGCCAAGAUGCCAGAUGUCUUCGAUGCUGUCAUCCUGGGGGAGCCUGGCAAUGGUAAAACCUAUCGCCUGCACAGUGGGACCAAGGAGUACUAUGAAGAGCUGAAGAAGCAGUUUCCUGGUGAAGAUGCCGCUAUUGAGAAAUUUGCAAAGCUGAUCAAGACCAUUGCCCAUAGAAAUGCCUUCUUUCCUAUCCUGAAACUCCUCCCUCUGCCCGUGGCCAAGUUACUGAGCAAAACAGGCCUGCUGGGCUGGUUCUCUCCUUUCAUCAAAAUGGCAUCCCGAAGCCUGAGUGAAGUGGUCAAUGGACUCACCACCAACGAGGAGCUCCGAGCUGUGUUCUGCUAUAUCUUCCCCACGUAUGGAACACUUCCAUCCAACACCAGCUUCAGCCUGCAUGCCUUCCUGGUGGACCACUUUCUCAAAGGAGGGUGGUAUCCUAGUGGAGGUGCCAGCGAAAUUGCCUUCCACACCAUCCCCAUCAUCAAGCGGGCUGGUGGGGCCGUGCUUACCAAAGCGAUGGUGCAGAACAUUCUGCUGGACUCAGAAGGCAAAGCCUAUGGUGUGAGCGUAAUGAAAGGCCAACAACUCGUGAAUGUCUUUGCCCCCAUUGUGAUUUCUGAUGCUGGAAUAUUUAACACGUAUGAGCGGCUCCUGCCAGAGGCAGCACGAGCUUUACCUGGUAUUCAGGCUUCUCUUCGCAUGGUGGAACACGGCUUAGGAGGGCUCACUGUUUUCAUAGGUAUUGUAGGCUCCAAGGAAGAACUGGGACUGGAAGCCACAAACUACUAUAUCUACCCAGAGAGCAACUUGGAAAAACUAAUGAAACACUACCUUGCUGCAUCCAGAGAUGAGGCCGCAAAGAACAUCCCUGUGAUGUAUGUUACCUCUCCAUCAGCCAAGGACCCAACCUGGGAGGAAAGAUUCCCAGGCAAGUCAACCCUGAUUGUUGUGUCGUUUGCGCAAUAUAAGUGGUUUGAGGAGUGGAAAGAUGAGCGGGCCUCUAAGAGGGGAGUGGAGUACGAGGGCCUCAAAGACACUUUUGUGAACUCCAUUAUGGAGACCAUCUUCAAGCUCUACCCAGCCAUCAAGGACAAGAUUGAGUAUGUAUCAGCUGGGACCCCGCUCACAAACCAGCACUAUCUACUCGCUUCUAAAGGCGAGAUGUACGGAGCCGAUCAUGGCCUUUCGCGCCUGCAGGCUGAGGUCAUAGCCACCAUGCGUUCUCAGACCCCGAUCCCAAAUCUUUACCUGACAGGGCAGGAUGUCUUUCUCUGUGGCUUCGUAGGAGCCUUGCAUGGAGCCAUCUUCUGCGCCAGCUCUGUCCUGCAGCGCAACCUGUUCUUGGAUCUGAUGCAGCUGACCAAAGCUGUGCAAGCAAAAGACUCCAAGAAGAAUGAUUGAGCUACUUGGGCCCAGUCAUCCAGAGCCCUUCUGCCCCACACUCCUGUCCUCACCCAGAUCCAGCAACCUGGCAGCUGGCCAUUUCCCAUGGUUAGCAGCAGGGCCCUUUAUGUCUUUCAAUAUGGAUCAAAAAAGCAAAUAAAAGGCAGAGAAGGAAA